AUGCAUAUGGGUAUCCACCACCCACUGUUACGCCAGCUUGAAGAGGUGGAGGAGGAAAAUAUACAAAUGCCCCCACCAAGGAAGCGAUCCCCACGUGCUAUUAAACGGAAACCUAAACGGCCAACUACCUUGAUUGAUGAGUUCCUUGACGAGUCUUCACAAAUAAGGCACAUAUUUUUUCCUGAUACUAAAACUGCUAUAGAUCCUAUGAAGGAUGCUGGAAACAACAGUUUCUGCUAUGACCCAGGAAGAAUAUGGCUGGACACCGAUGGAAAUCCUAUUCAAGCCCAUGGAGGUGGCAUUCUAUAUGAUGAGAGGUCGAGAACAUACUAUUGGUACGGCGAGUAUAAAGAUGGUCCCACUUACCAUGCUCACAAAAAGGGAGCCGCACGGGUUGAUAUUAUUGGUGUUGGAUGUUAUUCUUCGAAAGAUUUAUGGACAUGGAAAAGUGAAGGUAUUGUGCUUGCGGCAGAAGAGAAAGAUGAGACUCACGACCUACACAAGUCCAAUGUGCUUGAGAGACCCAAAGUAAUUUACAACGACAAGACUGGGAAAUACGUAAUGUGGAUGCAUAUUGACGAUGUUAACUACACAAAAGCCUCGGUGGGUGUUGCUGUCAGUGAUUACCCAACCGGUCCCUUUGAUUAUCUCUACAGUAAACGGCCACACGGGUUUGAGAGUAGAGACAUGACAAUCUUUAAAGAUGACAAUGGUGUUGCAUAUCUUGUCUACUCGUCUGAGGAUAACAGUGAGCUUCAUAUUGGUCCGCUUAAUGAAGACUAUCUUGAUGUGAAAAGCGUCUUCAGUAGAAUUCUUGUUGGACAACACCGGGAAGCACCGGCUCUUUUCAAACAUGGCAGAACAUAUUACAUGAUCACAUCCGGCUGCACUGGUUGGGCUCCAAAUGAGGCUCUUGCUCAUGCAGCCGAGUCCAUUUUGGGCCCUUGGGAGGCCAUGGGAAACCCAUGCAUUGGUGGAAACAAGAUAUUUCGACAAACAACAUUCUUUGCUCAAAGCACAUUCGUGCUUCCUUUCCCUGAUCUCCCCGGUUUUUUUAUCUUUAUGGCAGAUCGGUGGAAUCCAGCUGACCUGAGGGACUCGAGGUACGUAUGGUUGCCUUUAAUUGUAGGAGGAGCCGUGGAUCAGCCUCUCGAGUACAAUUUUGGGUUCCCACUGUGGUCUAGGGUGUCAAUAUAUUGGCAUAAAAGAUGGAGGGUCCCUUAUAGGUGGAGUGACAAGUAUUGA